GCCUGGUCCGGCACGAGGAGGACUACAAAUAGGAGCGAGGUAACAACGAGGGGGGACACAAGCCUUCCCUCUGAGCAGGAGUCACACAGAGAGCACAGCACAGUCAAAGGCCACAGAAGAAGUCAUGGCUCAAGCUCUUGACAUCGAACGCUGGAACCUGGAGUGUGAGUUCAACAACUUGGACCAUCAUACUGAUCUUAACGGUGCAGACCGCCUGAUCGUGAGGAGAGGCCAAACAUUCACCAUCAGUCUGUACCUCCGCUCAGGAAACUACCAACCAGGACUCAGCUCUCUUGACUGCGUUGUAGAAACAGGUCCUCAGCCCUCUGAGGAGAAUGGCACCAGGGCCUCCUUUGGUCUGUCCGCCGUCAUUGACACUUCCCGCUGGAGCGCUGCUGUCACCAGCCCCCCCGGGAACACUGUAACCCUCUCCAUCUGCUCUCCCCCCGACGCACCUAUAGGCCGCUACACCUUGACCCUGGGGCAGUCGGGGCGGAUUGAUUUCAUCCUGCUCUUUAACCCUUGGUGUCCAGGAGAUAGAGUGUAUAUGGACGAUGAGCGGAGUCUGGAAGAGUAUGUCUUAUCUCAGGAUGGAAUCAUCUUUCGAGGCAGCUCCAAGUAUCCCGUACCGACUCCCUGGAACUUUGGCCAGUUUGAAAGUGGAAUCCUGGAUAUCUGUCUGAAGAUUCUGGAUGUGAAUCCUAAAUGUUUGAAAUUUCCCGGCAAAGACUGCUCAAAGAGGGGAAUUCCCACGUAUGUUUCCAGAGUGCUGAGUGCCAUGGUGAAUUGUAAUGAUGACAAAGGGGUGUUGCUGGGAAGAUGGACAAAUGACUACAGCGGAGGUGUCAGCCCUCUGCUCUGGAGGGGCAGUGUGGAGAUCCUGCGCAGCUGGGACAGACAAGACUGCCUGCCUGUUCGCUACGGGCAGUGCUGGGUGUUUGCUGCAGUGGCCUGUUCAGUUUCCAGAGCCCUCGGCAUUCCCUGCAGAGUGGUCACUAACUUCAACUCAGCCCACGACACCAACAGCAACCUGGUGAUCGAACAAUACAUCGAUGAAAAGGGAACUCUCAUGAAAUCCAGAGAAAUGAUCUGGAAUUAUCACUGCUGGGUGGAGAACUGGAUGACCAGGCCUGACCUUAAUUCCCCUGAUUUUAAUGGCUGGCAGGCCAGUGACCCGACACCUCAGGAGAAGAGCCACGGAGUAUACUGCUGUGGGCCGGUCCCCGUCCGGGCCAUCAAGGAGGGUGAGCUCACGUUCAAGUACGAUGCCCCAUUCGUCUUUGCUGAGGUCAACGCUGAUGUCGACUACUUCAUGAAGAAAGCGGAUGGCAGCCAAUCCAAAGUCACCCACACUUCAACGGUGGGCCAGAAGAUCAGCACAAAGAGUGUGGGCAGUGAUGCCAGAGAGGACAUCACUCAUCUCUACAAGUACCCUGAAGGCUCGGAUGAGGAGCGGGCUACUUUCGAGAAGGCCAACCACCAAAACAAGCUGCUCCAGCAGCAGCAGGAUCAAGGCCUACACCUCACUAUCAAGGUCGGUUCAGACAUGAGGAAGGGCUGCGACUUCGAUGUGUUCGCCGUGGUUACCAACAACACUCAGAGCCAGAAGAAGUGCCGUCUGGUGUUUGGAUCCUGCGCCGUGUCCUACAACGGCAACGUGGGAGAGAACUGUGGCUUUAAAGACCUGCUCAAUGUUGAACUCUCCCCAGGAGCAGAAAGGCGAGUUCCACUAAGGCUGAACUACUCUAAGUAUGGUGGCCUGAUCACUGAGGAAAACUUAAUCCGCCUGGCAGCUCUGUUAAUGGACUACUCCGGCGGACAGCCAAAGCUGGCACUGAGGAACAUUGUGCUGGACAAUCCAGAAAUCAAAAUCAGAAUCCUGGGUGAGCCGAAGGAGAAUCGGAAGCUGGCUGCAGAGAUCACCAUGCAGAACCCUCUGCCAGAGCCGCUGGAGGAAUGCUGCUUCAGCAUCGAGGGGGCCAACCUGACGGGUGGACACGUCAUCUCUGAGAGUCUGACCUCCUCAGUGGGCCCUGGAGAAGAUGCCAAGGUGAAAAUUUACUUCACUCCCACCCACUCUGGCCUGAGAAAGCUGGUGGUCGACUUCAACAGCAGCAAGCUGUGUCAUGUCAAGGGCUACAGAAAUGUCAUUAUUGGAAAAUAAGGCUUUUUUUGAUUUACAUUUGCAGGUCAUUAGACCGCAGUAUUCUUACUCUGUUUCACAACUGUUCAGCCAGCUAAAGAACAGGAAACGCACCUUCUUUUGAAUGGUGUUUCAUACAUUAAAUGCUUUCUCUCUUCUCAUGGUUUAGAAGCUCACUGUAUAUUGUUAAUGUUUCAAGUCAGAGCCAUAGAUGCCGAAAUGUGACCCAAGGACACUUUGCUCUUGUUAAACUCAUCAUAUCUUAGCAUGCAACACUUUUACAGAAUAUGUACUGUGUCUUCUCACAACUUGAAGUGAUUAUUCGUAUUUUCAGUACUAUGUACUAUUUUUUUUUAUAUACUGUUUUGGUGCUCACAACAAUAAAAAGAGUUGUUACACGUG